AUGAAGUUCAAGAAAGUCCAAACUAAAGUCCAAAUCAAGGCCAAGAAUAAGUUCAAGUCCAAGUUCAACUGCGAGUCCGAGUUCACGAUGCACAUCAUUCCGGGAAUUCCCCCCAAAAACCCACCCAUUGACGUAUGUAUUGAUAUAUCCCACGGCACAAUCGUGCCGGUUAUAUUAUCAGAAAUGAUCCGCGAUCCAGCCUUGCGCUCCCGAACAUGUCCAUCUCCAUGGAGAACCUGGCCAAGGCCUAUUCCCACAAUUCCCAAACCCGUCCAAUCCCGUAUCGCAGAUCGACCGAUGAUGUCGCGGUCGCGCACAGCCCCUGACGAGGUAGCGACUAGCGACUAG